GCACCUAUGUUGCAGAGCACUGUAAAGAGCAAAAUGGCUCCAGCAAGUGUAUGCCUUGUAAAGACGAUGAAUACAUCGAAUACCCAAAUGACUUCUCCAAGUGCCUGACGUGGAGGGAAGAUCAGGUGGAGCUGAGUCCCUGCCGACCCAUCAGCGACACGCAGUGCGCCUGCAGGAACGGCACCUUCUGCUCCCCGGACCACCCCUGUGAGAUGUGCCAGAAGUGCCGGCCCCGGUGUCCCAAGGACAAAGUGGAGCAGGCUCCCUGCACGCCGCACAGUGACCGCCAGUGCGGUCCUCCCACCGGCACCUUCUCCAGCUCCUCUAGUAAUGCCGCUGCUGCCGUUCCCCAGGACUAUCUGGUGCGGCAGCUGACAAGGUACCAGAGGGGGGGCCUGGGGACACAGGACAACAUCCGCAACGAGCGGUUCUCCCGGGAUCAGCUGCUCCCCAGGAUGUCUGGUCUGGUGACUCCCAGCGCUCCGGGGCUGGAGGUGAUGGUGCCGAGGACCUCGGAUCCCAGUUUGAAACCCAGGAGGAAUCUGGUUCCAGUGCAAGGAAAAGACCCUCUUUUCUGACGCUCUUUUGACACCUUUGCCCAAGAUGUGCCCUACAAGGACUGGAAGAGAUACGGCCGAGCUCUUGAUCUGAUGGAGAACGACAUUGCCCUCGCAGAGAUGAACGACAAGUAUUCACUGGAGCCCUUCUUCCAGAUGCUCAACAUAUGGCUGAACAGAGAGGGGAUGAAUGCCUCUGUGAAUACACUGCUGGAGACCCUGUACCAGAUCAAUCUUGGAGGGAUUGCAGAGGACAUCUCCUCCAAGUUGGUCCAACAGGGAUUUUUCCAAUAUGAAGUGAACUGA